GCCUUUGAAUUUUCUUAUUUCCCAUUUAGAAGAGUAGAACUUUUAUAUGGGUAUAACUCACCCGCUUAAACCAUGACAAAACCCUAAUUGUCCCUACUCUUCAUUCCUAAAACCCCAAUUUUUACGUCAAUUCUUUAUUCUUGAUGGCAACAGAAGCUACAACUGCAAAUUUCCUAAAUUCAGACUUCAGGCCGGUGCCACAGCCACCGGAUUUUCACCCAGAAAUUCUAGUAAGCCCCCACGACGGGCUCCACUUUUGGCAGUUCAUGAUUGCCGGCUCCGUCGCGGGCUGCGUGGAGCAUAUGGCUAUGUUCCCUGUUGACACCGUCAAGACCCAUAUGCAAGCCCUGGGCACUUGCCCCAUCAAAUCGGUGGGUGUACGUCAGGCGUUUUGUUCCAUUCUCAAAUCUGAAGGACUCCCGGGCUUAUACCGGGGAAUCGGGGCCAUGGGACUUGGGGCUGGCCCUGCCCAUGCCGUGUACUUCUCUGUAUACGAGGUUUGCAAGAAGCAUUUUUCUGGAAACAACCCAAAAAACUCGGCAGCUCAUGCUGUUUCCGGUGUUUUCGCAACCGUAGCAAGCGAUGCCGUUUUUACACCUAUGGAUAUGGUGAAACAGAGGUUACAGUUGGGCAAUAGUGCUGCUUAUAAAGGGGUGUUUGAUUGUAUUAAGAAAGUUCUGAAAGAGGAAGGUUUUGGGGCGUUUUAUGCUUCUUACAGGACGACAGUGCUCAUGAAUGCUCCGUAUACGGCAGUUCAUUUCGCAACUUAUGAGGCGGUGAAAAGGGGUGUGAUUGAGAUCUCACCAGAGAAUGCAAGUGAUGAACGGGUGAUUGUCCAUGCAACGGCUGGUGCUCUUGCUGGGGCUUCUGCUGCGGUUAUCACUACACCACUUGAUGUAGUCAAAACUCAGUUGCAGUGUCAGGGUGUAUGCGGGUGUGAUAGAUUUAAGAGUAGUUCUAUUGGGGAUGUGGUUGAAACAAUUGUGCGAAAGGACGGCUACAAGGGCCUCAUGAGGGGAUGGAUUCCCCGAAUGCUUUUCCAUGCUCCUGCUGCUGCAAUCUGCUGGUCUACAUAUGAAGCAGCAAAAACUUUCUUCCAAGAAAUCAAUGCUAGCACUGAAAGUGGCACAUAAGUAAGUGCAACUCUGCAGCUGCAUGAGCAACACCAAAAGCAAUGGGAAAGUUUUGCUUCACACGAUGCAUGGGAAAGCAAUGCGUGUACUUUCAAGCAUGUCACAGGUCAAUUUAAUUGGCAUAGAAAGAGUGUAUACGUUGUUAUUUGUUAAAAUCAAUUGAAUAGAAAUGUCAAUGGUCAAAUUCUAGCCAGGAUACUAUAAAAUGGUCAGAUAAUUUUUUUUCUUCUGGUUUCAUGAAAAUAAGAGGUGGGAUAGUUUAAGUUUUGAGGCGGAAGAUUCAAGUAUUGAAAUUGAGA